AUGGGCAAGAUUGCAAAGAUGGAGUACUUCCGGGUGCCGCCUAGGUGGCUGUUCGUGAAGAUCACGGACGAGGCGGGUAAUGUUGGCUGGGGCGAGGCGUCGCUGGAGGGUCACACCCAGGCUGUUGAGGGAUGUCUCGAUGCUUGGUUCGAGAGGUAUUCGGGCAUGGAGGCUGACGACAUCGAACACAUCUGGCAAAUGUCAUGGAGGACAACCUUCUACCGCGGAGGCCCUGUCUUCAUGAGUGCGUUGGCGGGUAUCGAUAUUGCGCUAUGGGACUUGAAGGCGAGAAAGUUGGGUCUGCCUAUCUGGCAGUUGCUCGGAGGAAAGGUCAGAGACAAGCUCAAGGUGUACGCCUGGAUCGGUGGUGACAGGCCGAAUGACGUCGGAGCUCAAGCACAAGCACGAAAGGAUCAAGGCUUCAAGUGCGUCAAGAUGAACGGCACCGAAGACCUCGGCUGGCUCGACUCCCCCAAUGCCCUCGACGCCGCCGUCGAGCGCGUCAAGGCCGUGAAGGCCCUCGGCAUGGACGCCGGUGUUGACUUCCACGGUCGUGUACACAAGCCCAUGGCGAAGCAGCUCGCGAAGGCGCUGGAGCCGCACCGCCCCCUCUUUAUCGAGGAGCCCCUUCUCUCAGAGCACUUGGGCGGCAUCAAGGAGAUCAGCGGCUUGACGUCUAUCCCCAUCGCCCUCGGCGAGCGUCUUCACAGUCGAUGGGACGUGAAGCCGUUCUUGGAGGCGGGCUGUGUUGAUAUCCUGCAGCCUGACAUCUCUCACGUCGGUGGCAUUUCUGAGAUGCGUCGUAUCGCAGCGAUGGCUGAGGCGUAUGAUGUUGCGUUGGCGCCUCAUUGCCCACUUGGCCCCAUCGCUUUGGCUGCCAACGCGCAGGUUGAUUUCACGUCGCCCAAUUUUGUGAUUCAGGAGAUGAGCUUGGGUAUUCACUACAACAGCACUGGGCAGGAUUUGACAAGCUACACAAAGAACCCAGAGGUCUGGAAGGUCACGGAUGGAUACAUAGACCUUCUCACUGGACCGGGACUGGGUAUUGAGAUCGACGAGGAUCAGGUUCGUCAGUUGUCGAAAGAUGCCAAGGCGUGGGUGAGCCCCGGAUUCAUCGGGCCUGGUGGUGAGAUUAGAGAGUGGUAG